GGAGAAGCGGUUGCGAGUCAAUCGAGUCAGUGCAAAUUAAAAGUCUCUGACCAUGGCUCGUCAUUUCUUCUUGUUGCUCGCUCUUCUCGUCGCCCAAUCUUCAACCACCAAGCCCCAAGAGUCGGUUAAGCACGACCGAACGUACUGCAAUGUCGCUCGUUCAUCAAAUUUGACGACGCUGUCCAACGGCAAGAAGUACUCGUUCAUUCAAUCUUAUGAAAACUGGAAUUCGGCAAACGAGACUUGCGCCGAAAUGGGUCUGCACUUGGCCACGCUCAGAGACACGAAAGACGCGCAAGUGGUCGCGGCAGAAGCCUUAAAAAUUGAGACCGGUCCGAACUGGUUGGUGUCCGCGAGGAAAAGCGAAGGAGACUUCCGGUGGCACGACGGGACAAAACUAGAGUUGAACAGCACUUUGUGGUGGGGCAGAGCGGCCAAGACGCACGACUGCGUUUACUUUUACAAUUGGGAGGCUGGAAAACUCAAUAGCUACCCGUGUUUCUUUAGAUUUUAUGUCAUUUGCGAACUGCCAACCGAAUGCUACUGAAAGCUGAGCUUUUCAAAUAAAUUUCAUUUCAAAAGAAGAAGAGUGAAAAAAAAUAUG